CCUAAAUCAAUGUUACUUAAUCAUCAUAUCAAGGUUUGUUUCGUGCCAAUUCAUGUGCAUACUUGCUUGAACAUCGUCGAUUGCAUCCUGAUAAUUGUCGCAAACAUAUUGAUUUCAUGUGCUUAAUGUGAUUAUUUCAUGAUAUGUUUGACACAUAGAAUGCUUUAGGGCCAAUUAACUAUGGAAUGGUUGAAAAGCCAUUACCAUCAGGUGUUAGAGUUCUUGAUGUGUUUCAGGUGAAGAAAAUGAGAAAAUGAUAGCACGGGCAGAUUGCAAUAGCACAGCCAAAUGGAAAAAGAAGUACAAGAAAAGCGAGAGUAUAAUUAAUUGGACAGGGAAUUUGGGAUCUAUUAUGUAGUAAGCAGUUGGGCCAUUUGAAACCAGUCGGUCAGCCCACAAGGAAAACCUGGACCCGGAAUUGAGCUAAAGGGAAUUGCAAUUCUUGUUCUGGGAUUUAAAAAGGGACCAACUUCUUUGUCCUUGCAAAAAAAAAAAAAAAGGAAGAAAAGAGGUAACGCAGAGUUUGGAGACUUGGAAUUAUUUGGACGCCUUUGGAGAGUACUGGACGGAAUUGAAUUAAUUGGACCGGGGAUUCUUUUGGGAGAGACUGGGUGCUAGAGGAAAUAUAUUGGAUAGAGGGAAUUAAUUGGAGAAGGAAUUGGCGAGUAGAGAAUUCCUUUUGGGAGGAAUAAUAGCGAGGGCAGCGCGGAACAAGAGCGAACAACAGGCUACUAGCGAGGGACAGCAGCAAGCUAUCGUGAGGAACAGGAGAUCGCAGUGCAUAAUUCAAAAUUAGUAUUUUCUUUCUCUCGUGAUGAGUUCAAUGAUGAGUAUGAACAUGAUUAUAUCUUUUGAUUUCGUCAUGAACUAAACUCCAAUUUUUGGGGGAUAACACCAUAGGAUGUAGCUAUUUCUAUAUUUGAUAGAUUGAUUCAUAUUUCUUUUCUUUCAAUCUCUAUUGCAUGAAAUUGCUUAAUGCUUUGUGUUGAUUGGCCACCAAUAAAUGAAUUAUAGUUAAUUAGGUUAUUAGCGACAGUAAAACCCUAAUAACUGAACAUAUUUCAUGUGACAUAGUAACUUAUCGAAGCGACAGUGGAUUAAAUAAGAUACUAUGCAGUCUUGAUUGGGAUAUCGGUCUUCAGGCUAAAUAAUUAACUCAUUGAGCUACGACAGUAGGAUUUGAUUUAAUUAUUUAGUACGUAGUAAUUCCCGACAGGGAUAGCUACAUUUGUGAUAUCCUGGCGGUAGAGAGUUGGAUUAAACUGAUUGGAAUAUGUGAAUUAAUUUGGAUAGGAUAGGUAGUGAGUCCCGGUGUUUCUCCCAGAGAUUUCUCCAUUGAAUUUCUCCCAACAGCUUUCAUUUAGUUACUUUGUUUAUUUUAUUUUUCUUUUAGAAAUUAGUCUCAUUAAACUAUUUUCACUUAUUGUUUGCUCAUAAAAUUGAUAGAACUUAAGGUUGUACCAGUCCCUAAGAGACGAUACCCGGACUUUCUAGUUUUACUACGAGAUAGGAAAUCGACAUAUAUGCUUUUGCCCUAUCAAGUUUUUGGCGCUGUUGCCGGGGACUGUCAUACCUUAUUUUUGUUGAUUUUUGUGAGUGAACUAUUUUGAUCUGUGUGGUAUUGUGUAGGUGAAUUCCAGGUUAAUCCUUUUUGUGCAUGCCUAGGAGGACAACCAGGGAUUUAUUGCCACUAGACCCGGAGAUCAAGAAGGCCUGCAGACAGAACAGGAAGCAGGUCAAGUUAGGGAAGCAGCCAACCACAACUCCUAGGCCUUCCCUAACCCAUAAUCGUCAACAGAGAGGGCAGGCUUCAUCACUUGUCGUCCUUACACCACCACCUCAUGACAUCGAUCCUGUCAUCAUGGCAGAUGAGGAUCGUUUGAUUAGGGCUCGCUUGAAUCGACGGACCGGAGUCGAGCUUCAUGUGUUGUCAUUCCGACUGGGAUGCAACCAUGGAGAUUACCCCAACAUUUAUCAACAUGAUCACCAACGGGUAUACUUUCUCCGGGGCUAGCACUGAGUGUGAUACCUCGACUUUGAUAGGUUCAACAUCAAGUACUGGGCCCAAGUUGGAAAAUUAUGAAAAGGGCAAUGAGUCACUCAAACCUAUUCGAUGCUACCGAGCUAGAUGAGAAUACCUUUUGUUGUCAAGAGUACAUAUAAGAACUAUAGUAAUCUAUUCAAGACAAGGUAAGGGCACGCCAUUGAAGUUCAUAUAGCAAGAGUGAAAUCUUGACCCAAAGAAGCACGAGAAUGAGGAGUAUGGAAGGAUGAGCACGAUCAAAUUUCGGGGACGAAAUUUUUAUAAGGGGGGAGGAAAUGUUACACCCCGCUCUUCCCAAAAGUCAAAAUGACUAUUAUACCCCUGGGUCAAUUUCCGCUGUAUCAUCGAUGAGGACAAAAAAUGUGAACCAUCGGUUCAAGCGGGGUCGAAUUUCGACAUAAAUUGAGAAAGCUACGGAUAUUAAUUGAGUUUCGGAUUAAACUCACCCGCAAGUAUGAAUUUGCACAAAUACCCUUGGACUAAUUAAAACCAUAGAGCCCAGCCUUUACCGUACUCGGCAAUACUCAACUCCAAACACCGGCAAAGAGGUGCCAAUUGAAAGGGAAUACCUCAAGGAUUUUGAAGGAGUUGAGAGAGCAGUACGGGGAUUUUACUACUAGGAAACAAGUGGAUAAUCUAAUAAGCUAAGACAAGCAAAGGGGAGAAAUAUGAAUCUCCAAAGGAAGAGGAACAAUCAUCAUAUGCCAGUAGCUAUGAUAAUGGGAGAAUUUCAGGGUCCUUGACCCUAAGCAGUGGCGAGUCAAGAAACAAAGAGGUACCACGAGAAGUCCCUAACCUAGUUUUAGUGGCCGAUGCUAUUACAACGCAGUGACAAGGAGUAGUGGAAAGUUUAAACCGUAAGCAACAAUAGGUUUGUACGAAUGAAGCAAAAGGGGAUGUAAUAAGUAGGUUACAGGAGGUAUGAAAGGACGUCAAAGAGUCAAAAGAUCAAGGCGGAGAGGAGGUAUGGUCAUUUACAUAAUGUCGAUAAAGGAACCCUUGUAAAUAAACUAUGUCACUAGAGAAGAGGGUACACGACCCUGGGAUAAAUGAUGUAGAUGAUAAGUUAUGGUCUCAGUACAACCACCGUUAGACGAGACAUGGGGGAAAGUACCCCGAAGUCUAAAUCAUACCUGGUAGAAGACAGUGGGGAGUCAAUAAGUAAGAAAAGAUAUGGAAUGUGAGAGGGAAUCACAGUUAGCCAGUAAAUGGCAGUACGAAUAGAUAACCGCUUCUCAACAAUGCGUGAAUUGAAUACUAAGUCAACACAGAGCUAGAAAGAGGAUAUUAGAGACCCUAUAAACUACCCUGAUCAUGAAAGGUCAGGAGGUCGUUGGGAUAGUUGAAAGGGGAAUGCAAGAGUUCACAAUGAUCUGUUAUGGGAUUGUCCUAUCCUAAAUGGAGGGAUCACCUAGCCGCCUAGGGUACAUGAUGGGUGACAGAAGGAGGAACCUCUCUACUAGUUGGAACUAGAGGGCUGAGAGCUGAGGUCUCGGAACCAUCCGUAGGAGUAAAUCAUUCAAUCAACA